GUAAGUAUUCAAGCAAAAUGUAUUCUCAUCGUCAGAUUGUUCGAUGCUUCUGUCAGAAGAGGAUCAACAAGUUAUUAGUGUUAAUUUUGUAGACAGUGUAUAGACGAAAUUUAAUUACUAUUAUAUUUGUUUGGAAAUUAUUUUACAACAAUGAUUAAAAUAAAUUUGUGUAUUCUUCUAAUUUCUCUUAUAUUAUUUAAUCAAUCAUUCACCUCAGUAUUAUCGCAAAAGACAUUUCUAGACAAUCCGGACAAUCUUCGGCUUUAUCGAUUGAUUCGUGUUGGACUUUACAAAAUUCUUGGUUCUACAAGUACUUCAGAAAGAUCAUUGCGAAGGGCCAAAGAGUUAAAUAAAAUGCAAGAACAGAUUGCAGAAAAUAUUUCUUUUCCGUGCGACGUUAAAGGCUGGAGAUCAGAUGUUAGACCCACGAGUGUUAAUCGUUUAAAACCAGGUGACAUAGAUAUUAUUGCAUCUAUGGGGGAUUCUUUGUCUGCUGGAACAGGAGUCUUUGGAACGAACCUUUUUCACAUUUUGAUUGAUAAUAGAGGAGUUGCUGCUGCUGGUGGUGGCCAAGAUACAUGGAGAAAAUAUUUGACUUUACCCAAUAUACUUAAGGAAUUCAAUCCAAAUCUAUAUGGUUAUGCUGUAGGAGAUUAUUCAACGUUGGAGAAGGGUUCUAAAUUAAAUGUUGCCGAGAUUGGCGGUGUAUCAAGCGACAUGCCUUACAUGGCAUCCGUGCUUGUCAAAAGAUUAAAAUCCGAUUCGUCGAUAGAUAUGCAAAAACAUUGGAAGCAUAUCUCUCUGAUGAUCGGAUCCAAUGAUUUUUGCUUAUUCAUGUGUACGACUUCGCCAAAUGAAUUUGUGGCAAAUCACGAACGAGACAUUGUGGAAACUUUGAGAAUACUUCGGGACAAUAUACCAAGAGCCUUUGUGUCUUUUAUUCUACCGCCAAAUUUAAGAGGACUUGUUAAAACUCGAAUCAAUGGAAGACCAUCCCUUUAUUGUGAUUUAAUCAUUGAUUUUACGUGUCCUUGUUUAUUUGGUCUAACGCAUGAAAAUAAGAGACAAGAGUAUUACAAGAUUAUGGAAAUGUGGCAACAAGUGGAUAUCAAAAUAAGUAAAUAUCCUGAAUUUCAAAAAGAUGAUUUCGCGGUAAUGAUUCAUCCAUUUUUGAUGAACGCAGAAUUUCCAACACUUGACGAUGGCUAUAGUGAUUCAUCGUAUUUAACAGUUGAUUGCUUCCAUAUAUCGCAAAAAACUAACUUUUUAUAUGCUGGUAACCUUUGGAAUAGUUUGCUCACACCUUAUGAAAAUAAAUCAUAUGAGUUUCUUCCAAGUAAAUUAAUGUGUCCUACUAAGAAAAAUCCUUAUUUAUUUACUUAUAAUAAUGGAGGGCUCACUGAAGAUUCCAAAUGAGAGAUAUGUUAAAUUAUUAUAAUAAAAUAUUUUUCAAGAAAA